AUGGAAUCUUUACAUGUGUCCUUUUGGGGCCCUCCAACAUCCUACCUGAAUUUCUGCGAAGAGGAUUUUGUAAUCACGCGAUUUGUCGGCGAGUUCAUAAACACGCUCAGCAGCCUUGUCUUUGUUGGUUACGGAAUCUAUGGUCUAUUGCAACUCCAUCGCAAAAAGCAGACUGGAUACCGGUCAAUCUCAUACCUCGGAUUGAUAGGAGUCGGAGUCUGCUCGGCCAGCUACCAUAUGACCCUUAAAUAUCACACACAGAUGUCGGAUGAACUCUCGAUGCAUCUUCUCACAACACCUCUCCUCUAUCGCAUUCUGACAUUCCAGGCUAGCCCGCAGCGUACGAAGAUAGUAGGAAUCGUACUCUCUACUCUGUUUACCAUUGUGAUGGUCACUCACAUGGUGAUGGAUGAGUUCCUUCUGCAUGCGACGACUUUCGGUCUGGCAGUUUAUCUGAUUGCAACACGCAUGUUGAAAAUCAUUCCUGACCAAGUUCCGGACCCUAAAAUCCGGAGAACCCUGCGGAACCUGACAUUCUUUGGAUGCUUCUCCUUUGUCUUUGGCUAUUUCGUGUGGCUGAUUGAUGACUGGGCUUGUGGACUCCUAACUCAAACCCGACACGCGGUUGGUGUGCCCUUGGCGUUCUUAUUCGAACUGCAUGGCUGGUGGCAUGUGUUCACCGCCAUUGGUGGUUAUGUCGCAGUUGCACUAGUGGAUAUGAUCACCUCUGGUGAGGUGAACGAGAACCCCACUGGUGAUUUUGCCUGGCCCCUUGCUCCCGCAGCAAAAAUCAUCGACAGAUUGACAGCACCUACGAAAAAGGAUUAA